AAUGUCACACUGACCUCUGUAUCUCUGUGUUAAGGGUGUAUGCAGAUGCGGUUUCAUUUGACACAACAAGACGUCAGUGUCAUGAACGAUUACAAUACCAUUCUAUAAGCUGGCAAUUGUACAGAUUACACACAUUGAAUUGUUGCACAAGCAAUAGAAACAAUGGACGUUAGAGGCAUUAGAGGGAAACGAAAGUUGUAGCAAAGUAUGUGUCAUAUCUAUUUCCAUGUUUCUAGGAACUGUGAUGUCAAUGUAAUGUUAGAUCAGGGAUUUCCUGUAACGUGGCAGUCAGGAUACAGUGUCCCAGUAUACAGCUUAUUGCAGUGGGCUCCCAAUAUACCGGCUACCAUGUCCCUUUUAUAGAUAUUUGCCAUCUGGAUGCGAAUGCUGCUACUGAUCCCCCCACCGUCAAAAACUCAAAAUGGACCGAUCUCUGACAGCUGAUGAGGAUCUGUGGACAUUUUGGACUUCUGGGGUACGUGAAUAUGACCGCCCAAGGCUGGGCGUGGCUGCUUGUGUUUUGGGAAACAGAACAUGGAAGGUGUUCUAUUCUCAGAAGAUGUCAAGCACCUGGUGCAAACAUGCUGAAUAUUUUUUAAUAAAGGAAUUGGAAGAACGUUUAAAAAACAGACAUUUCUUGCGCAUGUUUGAGUUGGGCAGUUCUUUCAAAGUAACAAUUUAUCAGAAUUACAGCCCGUGUGGAAAGUGUGCAGAACUUUAUUGUGGUCUCGUCGAUACCUUUAAGCGGCACGGACUUAAUGUGACAUUGAAUAUUUAUUUUGCGGCUUUGUACAAGAUUUGUUGGGACAUUAAUCGCCCUCACGACGUUGGUAACUUCCUCAAUGUCAGCGAUCACAACGACAACGUUGCAGGGUUGGUGAAGCUGGUGGAGAAGAGAACGAACCUGAGAUCAUUUAAAAUAAACACCUGGUUAGAACUACUCGACGUCCUCGACGAAUUGGAGCCAUUGAUCUACCCGGCUGAGUUUGUUAAGAAAUAUGCACGUUCCCGGUUGUGGGUCCUCAGGAACUAUUCUCAGAGAAGAUGUUCUGCGGAUACAAAAAUAGAACAGACCUUUCACAGAAUAGUUGAACCUACAAAAAACAUCAUGCAAGAAGAAGCCAGACAACGUCAACGCCAGGAGACAAGUCCCAACCCCCAUUAUGUUCCAGAUGGAGGGAUACACAAUAACCGUUAUCAGGCUUUACCCGGGCACCUUGUUGAAGACUAUCAGUGUUGGCCAACGUCUUACCCUCCACACGGAGUUCAGUACAAUGGCAGAGAAAUCCCACCACACGGGCCCUUCUUUCAGUUCCACGGUAGAGACAACCAACAACGUGGCCCCCAGGAUCACUACAUUGGUAGAAACAUCCCCCCACACGGGCCCUUCUUUCAGUUCCACUGUAGAGACAACCAACAACGUGGCCCCCAGGAUCACUACACUGGUAGAGACAGACCCCCACACGGGCCCUUCUUUCAGUUCAAUGGUAGACACAACCAGCCACAAGGCCUCCAAGCUGGGUUCCGAUGGUAAAGACAACCAAGCACAAGGACCACCACGUUGGCUCCGUGGUAUACAUCUGUAGCCACAAGGCCCCCUGACUCCGUGGUAUACAUCUGUAGCCACAAGGCCCCCUGACUCCGUGGUAUACAUCUGU